CUACCCAGAUAUAUAAAUAGUGUGACGAACAUUUGUUUUCACUUAUUUGGUCCACACGAAUAAUCUGGACAAUAUGGAGCAAACUGAAGUAAUCAAACCACAAACGCUAGAUGAUCUCAUAAAAAUUUUGCACCAGAUAUUUGAAAGUGACACUAUUAAUAUCAAGGAGGUACAGAACAUCAUGGAGUCGUAUGAAAGCAAUCCUCAAGAAUGGAGCAAAUUCGCGAAAUUUGAUCAAUACAGAUACACCAGAAACCUGGUAGAUGAGGGGAAUGGGAAGUUCAAUCUGAUGAUCUUGUGUUGGGGAGAGGGUCACGGCAGUAGUAUCCACGACCACACAGACUCCCAUUGCUUUAUGAAGAUACUUCAGGGCCAGUUGAAAGAGACACUGUUUGAAUGGCCAGACGGCAAGAACCAUGGUGAUAUGGUUCAGAAGUCCCAGAGGAUCUUACUGGAAAACCAAUGUGCCUACAUCAAUGACUCCAUGGGCCUUCACAGAGUGGAAAACGUCAGUCACACAGAGGUUGCAGCAAGUUUGCAUCUGUACAGUCCCCCCUUCCAGCAAUGUCAGACCUUCGACCAGCGAACAGGGCACAAAAACACAGUCAAAAUGACGUUCUGGAGCCAAUUUGGAGAGAGGACUCCUUUUGAAGCUAAAUUAUCACAGGAGAACAACUGAGAUGCCCAGAGAAAUGAGGUAGAUCUGCCAUUGGAGAAGAGAAGAGCCUCUUAGACCAAUAAUUGAAAACAAAACAGGCACAAAGCAUUGGCAGAGAAGCUAAAAGCUAAAGAAAUAAAAUAAGAAUUCAAAUAAAAUGAAAUAAAUGGACUGAAGAGCACAACCCCCUUUGUUAGAAAAGAUUUGCAGAAAAGAGAGGGUAGAUGGAAAGGCCAGGGCAGCAAUUAACUAGGGUUUAUGAUCUGCCAGUGUGAGCUUGGCCCAUGAGGCAGAGCACUGGCUGAGCAGGGUGAAUAGUGGCAUUAGCUCCGGCUGCAGACUGAAGCUGCUCUUUGUCUGUGAUGUUUGAGAAGAGACCCCGACCCCUCCCCAACUCCCCCUCCACUAUCCAACACCAGCAUUCCGAUGGGUCUGGGACCUGCUGGGAGUGACACGCAUUGGGACUGUUACAGUGCUCCACAUGUUGGAUUUAGGAGAGAUCAGAGAUGUUUUGAAGACAAAAAAACAACUACAAACGCCCUAAAUGAUAAAUAUCCAGAUGGUACUUGUAUAUACAUGACAUGACGCACAUGAUGCGUCCUGCACUUGUUGAUUUCUAUGUUAAAAAUACAUGUGAGAACACCACAUGUUAAGGGCUGGUGUGAUGAGUGGAGUCUGUCAAUUUGUAUAAUUUUGUAAUUGACAUGAGUGAAGUUGAAAUACACAGUAGACCUACAUGUGUUUUGUAAAUUGCAAUGCCAAAUGACAAUCUGCUAUGUUUCAGUGUUAAUUUGGUCUUUGUUUAGUGUCAUUGUGAAUGUGUAUUUAAAGUAGAAUUGCAGUUAUUAGUUUCACAGUAGACUCCAGACUUUUAAAGAAAAUUAAAAAUGAAGCGCUUAAUAGAUAAGUCGUUAUUUUCUCUCAGGAUUUGGCCUGGUGGUUAAGUUGUAGUAUUUAUAGUUAGCAAUGUUGAAAAAUAGAUCUUCCAGUUUUAAAUAUUUGUCAAAUGAAAAAACCUAUCACAAGGAACUUGCUACUUUUAAUGUGGGUCAUUAAAAUUGAAUCUGUCAAAUGCCA